AUACAAUUUAGUUUCAUUGCGGGUUCUAAAUAAUAACAAACAAAAAUCGGCUGAAAAAUUUCCAAUGUAUUUUUAACUAUUUUACAAAAUGUCACCUGUUUUUACAAAAAUAUUAAUAGAUUUCAUUAAUGAACACGAAAAUAUCGGUUAUGAUAUAUUAUCAGAGUUACAUAAAUUCGAUAUGUAUAUUAAGGGCUAUAAACAUCCGGCAUUUCCCUCGGAUGCCCUUAAUGAAGAACCUAUCGAAUUGGAAUAUUAUAAAAAAUCACUUAAUAAUGAUAAAAUUAUAAUGGAUUAUGCACGUUACUCUUGGAAUUGUCAGGGUGAAAUGAUAUAUAGUUGUCAAAUUUGUGAGAAAAUGAAAGUAACAACAAAUAAAGAUUUCAAUGUUAUGGAUGAGUUUUUGACACAUGUCGAGCAUAUGCAUGGAACGAGCAUUAAACAGGAACAGGAAGAACAAAGAAUGGAUAAACAGACGGAAGAGUUGUGGGUGGGAGAAUUGGAGAGAAUGAAAAAGACUGCUUAUAAAAAACAUAGUGAAGAGUUUCUCAAGGAAAUCGAUGAGAUCCUGGGUGUAGAAGAUUUUGAUGCUAAUGGUAUUUUAAAUUCUUUGGAAUCCCACAAAACUUCAGAACAAGAUAGUAGUUCUGACAUUCUAUCGGAUUCUAGCAAAGAAAAUGCCUUAUCACCCUCUAGCACAACAACAACAACCAACUCUAACGCCAGCUACAGCCCGACCCCAAAAAUCUACAGUAAACCCUGUAAAUUGUCGCAACAAGAACGUCAAACGAAAAGAAAAAAGAAACGUAUUUCGGGUCAAUGUGACAUCUGUAAUCGUACCUUUAAUGAUCUCUACAAUUUGCGUAUACAUAAAAUGAUCCAUACGGGCGAAAAGCCCUUUCAGUGUGAAGAGUGUGGCAAACGUUUUCGCCAAUACAAUAAGCUAAAAAUUCAUUGUAUUACACACACCAAUGAGAAACCCUUUAAAUGUGAUAUUUGUGGUAAAGGUUUUCGUUUUCGCAAUUAUCUAUCCGUACACAAACGUUUGCAUUCUGGUGAAAAUCCCUAUAAAUGUAAAUUUUGUGAAGAAUAUUUUCAUUCACUACACUCAAGACGUUUGCAUACAAAACUCAGGCAUACAGAGGCGAAAACAUUUACCUGCUCGAUUUGUGGUAAAAUCUUGACAGCUCAAUGUUAUUUAACAGCUCACAUGAAGCGGCAUACGAAUCAGCGUGAUUUUAAAUGUGACAAUUGUGGUAAAUGUUUCUUUAGUCAAUCACAACUUAAGGAUCAUCAGUUGGUGCAUACCAACCUAAAGCCGUUUGAGUGUGAUGUUUGUCGCGCCCGUUUUCAGCGUAAAUCGAAUUAUACACAACAUUUGAAAAUACAUACGGGCGAAAAAUCCUAUGUCUGCUCUAUAUGCAAUAAAUCGUUUGCCCAAAAUGCCGGCCUCUACGGUCAUAUGAAGUCACAUGCUAAAUAAAAAUUCUUUAAAAAGAGUAUUUAUUGAAAUUUUUAGCUCUUUGCUAGAGAAACCCCAAACAAGUGCUUUUUUUCUUUUUGAGGGGACAAAGUUGUUGGACAUCACUGUUAAACAGUUAGGAGUGGCAACUCGCUGAAAUUAGCGUCUAAAGUCAAACAGUGAUGUCAAUUAAAUGUUUUGAAAACGUUAACUGUGUUUGCGAAUGCAAUUGGAGCCUUUAUAAUGAAUUGAACCGGAAGAAAAUAUAAGAAAAAUUACGUUUAUAUAUAUAAAAUUAUAUUGUGGAAAUAAUUUUGUUAAGUUUAAAAUCAAAAUGUAAAUAAACAUUAUGAUCAA